GUCAUUUAACUCUAGUGACGCGUUUUCCUGUCUUCUUAUCCCAAACCAAGUCUUUUAUAUCCCACUUUACGUUAAACUACAUCCAUCAUGACUGGACGUGGAAAGGGCGGCAAGGGCCUCGGCAAGGGCGGUGCCAAGCGUCACCGCAAGAUUCUUCGUGACAACAUCCAGGGCAUUACCAAGCCUGCUAUCCGACGUCUCGCCCGUCGUGGUGGUGUCAAGCGUAUCUCUGCCAUGAUCUACGAGGAGACCCGCGGUGUUCUCAAGUCCUUCCUCGAGGGCGUCAUCCGCGACGCCGUCACCUACACCGAGCACGCCAAGCGCAAGACCGUCACCUCGCUCGACGUUGUCUACGCCCUUAAGCGACAGGGCCGCACCCUCUACGGUUUCGGUGGUUAAAGUACCCCGGAACAAACAGACAAAACAAAACGCGUCUUGGGGUUUCCUUUUAUAUGCUGCUGCUGCGGCGCGCGUCUUCACCAAGGGGGCGAUUUGUGGAGCUGGGGUUAUCUGUGCAAAUAACAUGGACUCUUCUGUACUUUCGAUCGAUUGGCGUUGGGGGGAAAUGGGUUUAUGAAGGAGGCGUCAUGGUAGACGACCCUGUUACAUGACAAUAUCACACGAAUACAACUACGAUAAUC